AUGGCCGCCAGGCAGAGCGGCAGCUGGGACCUCCCCUCGUCGCAGAGUGCAGCCCAGACACCCUGGGUGACUGUCCUGAAGCCUGUCCCGUGGGUCGUCCCGCCUCCGCCUCCGCCCCCGCCCCCGCGGCCAGGCAGCGUGAAGGAAGACCUGCUGGAGCUGAUGUUGCUGCAGAACGCGCAGAUGCACCAGGUGCUGCUCAGUCGCCUGGUGGCCGGGGCGCUGGGCCCCGAGCCCGCCGCCACGGACCUGCAGGAGAGCCGUGCCCCCACCCCCACCCCCAAGUGCCACUGGGACCGUGGGUGUGGAUGUGCCUCCAGCUUCAGCUUCAUCAGAGUGGAAACCAUCCUGGGCCUCCUGCCCCUCUAUUGUGCCCGUGGUCUGUGCUUCAUGGCUGGCAGCCCUUCAACGCCUGAACCUAUGGGGCCUGUCCUCUGGAAUCAGUCCCCUCUGCACCCCACUGCGAUCGAGCAGACGGACCUUGGCUCAGGGUGA